AUGUCAGUUGAAAUUUAGUUAGAUUGUGAGUCAGUGUUUGGCUGCAUGAAGGGGAUUAUAGUGACAGUUUAUUCUCUUAUUGUUAUAGCUAUAAUAUGUAGAAUUAUAUAUAAAAUGCAUUUUUACACCCAUAAAAAAUAUAGUUUUGAAUUGGUCCCCCUUUCAUCGACUAUCAUACAAUCUCUACUGCAACUCAUUUUAAAUGUUUUUAUUAUGGAUACAAAACUCAUCAUCUCUGCUUUGUAUUCACAAGCUCUCACUUUUGGAAUCAUUUCUACCAGCUGCUCUUAAUUAUGUCUGCGUAUAAAAUAUCCUCAUAAAUAAAAGACUGUCAAAAGAUACACUGUAUUAGCGUUUGGCUUUGCAUAACUUACUUGUUUAGUGAUGAAUAUUUUAACCUUAUCAGAUGUUGUCCCUUUAGAUUGCAAUGAUUGGUUUUCUUUAGCUUAUUUAUAUCCCAUGGGUGUAAUGCUUGUUUAUACCGUCUUUAGUAUAUUUUUUGGUUCCACUCUUCUUGACAUUUUAAAGGUAAGAGAUAAUGAAGUAAUGAAAGGGGGAAACAAUGCAAACAAAACUAGUUAACAAUCUAAUCCUACUCCUGAUGGUAACAACCACUUAUUGCCACCAAAACUGUCAAGAGCUAUUUCUUUAAUGAACAAUUCAGUAUAAUCUGAUAAGGAGGGAGCAUUUUUUAAGCAGUUAAAGAAAUAGUUGCAACUGAUUGAAUUUCUCUUCAUAUUCACUAUUGCUAUCUAAAUAUCUAUGGAUGCAAUUAGAACUUAUGCACUUAAUGAUGUUAUCGAGUGCUAGGGAGAUGGGGAGAGAAGCAACGAAUUUUAAGCCUAAACAGAUUGGGGCUAAGUCUUUUUGACUUUUUACUAAAUAAUUUAAAUCACACCCUGUUUGAUAGCACCUUACGUUUUUUACUAUGUUCCUUUCAAGGCUAAAAAAGCAGGUGGAAGUAUUUUAAUCCAAGACCAAUAAUUUUUGAGUUUUGCUAUGCCAAAUGAUUAAGACGACGAAGAUGAAAAUAUGCAAGGAAGCCUUGAUUCUAAACUCAUGAAUUCAGAGAAUUUUGAUUUUUCAAGAGAUGAAAACUUUAGCUAAAAUUAUAAAAAUAAGAAAAAGUUUGCAGGAAUGAUUAAAAAAAAGGAUUAAGCUGAUUAAAAGGAAUAACCGGCUUUAGGCAGUCACGAUUAUCUGGGAGUAAAUUAAUACAAUAACAAAAGUCAGAAAAGCAAUAUCAGCAAUAAUAAUAACACUCCAUCAAAUGCUAGUAAAAAAAAUUAAGUUACAAUCAACAAAAAUGUAGACAGCAUAUUCUUACAAAGAAGAAAUACUUUAGAAGAUGUUGAUGAAUUUAUCGAUAGAAUGAGUAUGAAAGUCGAUGAUGUUUAAAAGCUCAAUAAUCAAAGUCAUAAUUAGUCCUAAUCUUACUUUUUGAAUAAAAGUCAUGACCCUGACAGCAGUUUAAGUACAGAAAACAUAGUAAAAGAUUUGAGUGAAAGCAUACAAAAAAUAGAUAAGAAAAACUAUGAUGUGCCAAAUAAUCCAAAUUUUAAUAUAAAUACAAGCGAUAAUACAGAAAAAAGUGAUUUAAGAUAAGAUACAACAGUCAAUGAAACCUCAUAAAAUUAAGUAUUAGUAGACUAGUACAGAGAAACAGAUAGCUCUAAUCAAAUGAAAAAGAAUUAUUCUUCAUGA